AUGUCUUCCACCCAGAGCUCACCCGACGUCACUCCACAGAGCGAUCCGACCUCCGUCUUCGUCUGCUACUCGACCACUGACGAAACAUUCGCUCACCAACUCACACUCAACCUCUCAGACCUCGGAUUUCGCGUCCACGACAUCGGCCUGACAUUCUUCGACACCUACAGAGCGAAAGUCGAGCAGGCGAUCACCACCUGCGACUACUACAUCGUCGUUUUUAGUUUUGCGUUUUUUUCUGAGAAAUUCGCGAAUGAGCAUUUGAACGCUCUCUUCGAUUCUUACGUUUUUCGCACUGGACGAGGCGGCAAGGUGCUGCCGAUCGUGAGGGAGAUGUCGUGGCGCGAACUGCGGGAGAAGUCGCCGCUCUUCGGGACGAUGAGGCCGAUGGAUGGCGGGAGUCGGAUGAUGACGUCAGAAGGCUGGCCAAGUUGUUUUAUGAUGGUCGUAGUUUGCCCACUAGCUCUAAUAUGUGAGAAUGGGGAGAGGAAGUCAUCACCAAAUGUUCCGACUCUUCUUGUUGAUUCAACUGGCAAUUUUUCAACGGUUCUUGUGACUGACCAUCAGCCCAACAGUAAAGACGAACUUGGAGAUCUUAUUGCACAGGUAGACGGCGAAUCGUUUGUGGGACGGUCUUUGGAUGCUCUCAAAUCGAUUGCCAAACGAUGUCAAACGAACUCUGGAUAUCUUCACUAUCAAGUUCAAAGAAGAAAGUCGCCAACGACGUUGUUGUUUUACUUUGAUUCGAUACGUAGACGUGCACAACAAAAGCAACACAAGCUUGCUCUUCCGACUGCAGAGACUGCCGAUGCUUAUUGGAGUAGAACGAGGAUUUCACUGAACGUGACCACUCCUCUUGUUGACCUUGGGCUUGAAUCAUGGAAGACUCCAGAUGGAGCUGAUUAUGUUUUGGUAACCAACCCUCCCACUGGAUAUCCACUGUUGUAUGGAGACAGAGUGAUCUCUAUUGACAACAACUACAUCGAUCUCACUUUCAUUGAUCUCGCUACUAUAAAGAAGAAGUUAUGUAAUGAACAAAAUCAAGUGAAACUGACAGUCUGGCAGCGUCGUUCACCUGAUGAUAAGAUGCAAAACGUUGAGAUGCCACCGAGUAAUAAGAAAUUGUGGCCUCAUCAGGUAGAACAGUGUCUCAUAUACAAGACGAAUGGAGAAUUUGGAUUGACACUAAUGAGAAUAAAAAGUUCAGCUGCAUCUGGUCUCUUUUAUGGAGAUUUGAUUGUCAUGUUGGCUGAUAAGGAAAUCACUGACUUUAAUAAAGCUCUCAAGAUGUUUCAUGAAGUGGCAGAUAAGCAGGAAGUUACCCUAGGAGUUAGACAACCAAACAAAGAGAAGCUGGUAGAUCAUAUCCGACGGUUUUAUACCGAGGAUUUUAAUGCAUCAGUAGACAGCGAAGACUCAGACUAUAUCAGUGAAGGUGAGCAAGAAGGUAAUACAAUAGAAGACGUGAACAAAUUCAGUCAUGGUGAUUCCACGGCAAUUGUUGGUCAACAACUGAAGCGCUUGGACUUAGAAGAUGUGGUCACAAUGAACGAGGAGCAGGCAUCGACUCCUUUUCCUCAUCAAGUUACAGAGCUAGAGGGUGAACAAGAUGCUGACCCACGGAGUCAAUAUGGUAGUGAAAGUCAGACAGAAUUUCAAUCUUUUGGAGAACUAACGCACAAAAAUGAACAAGCAAAGUGGUCUGCUAGUGUGCUUCCUCAGAAAAUUUUGCAACAACGAUUGAUAUCUCUAGCUAGUGAAACACAAUCAGUAGAAUCUGAGUUAGCUGUCUGUCAACAAAUGGCGGAAAGCCAGCGUUCAGCCUUGAACGAUGCUCUUUUCGAUGCAGUUGUGCAUAGAGAUUUACACAAAGCUGCCGAAGUGAUCGGCAAGAACGCGGACGUGAACGUGGUCACAAAAUUUGGGGAAUCGUAUGGUAUUGGAUUGGGUGGUGAUCCAUCUGCUCUUCAAGUAGCGUGUGGUAUGGGAUCAACCGAUAUGGUUGAUCUACUUAUAAGAAAAGAAGCCAAUGUGAAGUAUCAAGAGAAGGGGUUUGGAUGGACAGCUCUACACUAUGCAAGUAAUGGUGGUCAUGUGUCUAUUAUGAAGAGAUUGGUGGCAGCUGGUUGUGAUAGACAAGUAAAAAACAAGCAUGGAUGGACAGCUCUACACAUUGCUUGUAAUGUUGAUGUUGUUGAUUAUCUGUUGAGUAUUGGUCUCAACAUUGAAGAUCAUGAUAAGGAUGGCUACACAUCAUUUCUCAGGGCAUGUAGUGAUGGUCGUUUACUUGUAGUACAACGUCUCAUUGAAUCAAAGUGCAACAAAGCAGCAACAACUAAUGAUGGAUCAACUGCAUUACAUCUGAUCUGUUCAUGCUAUGUUGUUACGAAUGACCAUUUAUCAAUUGUCAAGCUGUUGACAUCAUUGACAGUUGAUGUGUCAGCUAAGAACAAUGCUGGCAAAACUGCAAUUCAAGUAGGAGACGAAACGACGUUGCUGUCAUAUUGGGAAACGUUGCUGUCAGGUUGGGACAGUAGCGAAAGAACUCGUUUUGCUAUUCUUUCCCAUCUGGAGAAGUGUAUUAAGAAACGUGCUGUUGCAGCUGUAAAUCCAUCACCAGAUGUUGUAGAAAGUGCAAACAUUGAUGUUCAACUUCCCAGUGCUAUUGAUCGUCUGGGUCCGUCUGUGAAAUCUGAUUACGAAAAUGCUUUGAAAAAGGGAGAGUUACCAAUACUACGAGGAAACAUCGAUAUGUUUGGUGAAGAAGAUGCCGGCAAGUCUUCUCUUGGAGAUUCUUAUUUGGACGAGCCGUUUAUUGAUAAGAGGGAAAGCACGAGAGGAGCACACGUGAAAGUGAUGAGAAUUGGAGGUGGUUCGAACACGGACUGGAAGGAACUGAAACCAGAAGACAAAGAACAGAUCAUUGAUCAAGUUUUGGUCAGAGGCUAUCAUGAGUAUGUUGAAAAGUGCCGAGAAGGGGCAGCAGACAGUAGAGGAGAAGUAACACAAGACGACGAGGGAGAUUCUGUCAUCGAGCAGACAAGUCAACCAGCCGAACAACAUGCGGCGAGUAGUAGCAACACUGUUGCUUUAACAACAGAGAGACAGACAACCAGACGAGAAGGCAGCAUCACAGUAUUGAAGAAGUCGCUACACGAUUUUCUGUUCUCCACAGAACUAACUGAGGUACAAGCAGCAUUUGCAGAUCUACUGCGUCGUGACAAGGCUGAAUUAGAGAAAAGUAAAAUGAUGAUGUUGAUCACAUUGUGUGAUCGUGGCGGUCAAGAGCGGUUUCUGAUGACGCACGCAGCACUGAUGGCAGACAGCAGUGACUACAGUGCAACCGCUUACAUGAUAGUGAUGGAUGGAACAAAGAGUCUUGCAGAUCCCAUACCUCAAUGCUUGUUCCGACCCGAACAAGGAAGCGAACAGUCGGUGAUGGAACGGUUUGGUCCUAAGACGAGACGUGAGCUGUUGGCUUACCACUUGAAUUGCAUCAAGAUGGCUCAUCCAUCAAUGAGUGAGGGUCCUUUUCUCGGUCAGGACUAUGUGAAGCGAGCACCAGUCACAUUUGCAGUGUCCACUCGAGAAGACGAAACAAAGAACAUGGAUCCAAAAUUUUUAGAAGAACAAGAAGAAAUACUGCAAGAUGUUGUACAGAGGAACGAGUUUGGUGAGCACAUGGUGUUGGCAGAGAAAAAUCCGAAUAAACUGACUUUUCGUGUUGACAACACACGGUCGGGCACCAAGAAUCCUGAUCCGGUGGUGAUGAAGGUGAAGGAGAUAUUUGUAGCAAUGGUACAGUCACUGUGGAGUCAACGACAGGCUAUUCCUUUGCCGUGGGCAGUUCUGGAUAAAUUGUUGGGCCGGGUGUCUCAACUAGCAGGCAACGAAGGCAAAAUACUCGACAUCGAUGAAGUGUGCGAGUUGGCUCGAAAAUUCUGUGAUAUUUUAACAGUUGGAGAAUGUCGAUCGGCACUGAAAUAUUUGUCGAGUUUGAGCACGAUUGCAUUCUAUUCGAAUGUAAGUGAGUUAGAAAGAAAGGUUUUCACUGAUCUACAAUGGCUGGUCAAUGUCCUCACUAUCUUUGUUACUAUCCUCGAGAAAUGUAACCUGCCACCAGAUCUCUGGAAAGAUCUGAAGAAAUUGAAGGAAGAAGGAAUGAUGUCGUGGUCAUUGGCUCACUAUCUGCUGCUGCAGAAAGGUGUCAGUGAAAGUCAGUUUGAGUCCAUUCUGCAAGUUUUGCAUUUAUUCGACAUCAUUUGUCCUAUGAUCACAUCACCAGAGAUGCUGAAGGCUGUUCUGAAGGUUGGACAGUCAUUCUUUGUUCCUUGCUUGCUGGAACAGAGAUAUGAUGACAAGUUGGCAUGGCAACAGAUGACCAUCUCCACUUUCUGUCCUCCAUCUCUCAUCUUUCGUCCCGAAGGAUUUGAUGCGACUCCCGAGCCGAUCUACUUUCGCAUGGUGUCUCGUUGUGCCAGUGAAUAUGCCCAUCGUCCCAUGCUGAAAAGAGGUUGUGCUGUCUUCCACGUGAAUGAUGAUCUUGAGCUCGAUCUGGAACUGGUUUAUCAUAAACUGCGUUACAUUAUUGCUACUGUCUACUUUCCAGAUGAUGAAAUUUCGAUGAAUAAGCUGAAGCAACAAUGUAGCAUUACUCGUCAGUUUCUUAUUCGUCAGCUAAAUGAGGUCAAGAAAAGAGGAUUGGAUGGCAUCAAAUUUACUGUUUGCGUUAAACCUUCACCAACUGAAGCCGAAGUAGCUGAUUUAAUAGAUGACGAUUGUCUGGUGUGCAUUGAUGAAUAUCCACAACGAAGAAGUUUGAUAAACCGGAAGAAUGAGCGUGUGGCACGAAAGCAGUUUCCUACCUUGGAUCUCUGGUUUAAUGACGCAGAGAAAGUCACUGAUGGUGCAAUUGGACGUGAUGCAAGACAACAAGACGAGCCACAGACAAUGAGAGAUGCUGUUGUUAAAUACGGCUGUAACCAGUGGUACGAGAUUGGACUCAAUUUGGAACUAAAUGGCAAUGAGAUCAUAGAUAAAACUCAUGUAAUACCUACUUCCACUGGCAAGUUAUUAGCUGUCAUCGAGGCAAAAAGGGUGAAAGAUGGAAAAGUGAAAACAGCGGAGGACUUGUUGAGGGCAUGUUAUUGCAUACCCACACCAAUUGGGAAACAAGUCACAGACGAAUUGAAGAAAGAGAGAAAAAGGUAGGCGAGUAGCAACAGGAGGCAAUGAUGGCAGUGAACACUACUGCAGUAGUAUUGUUGAUAUCACUAUGGUAUAUUGGACAUUUAUAUUUAUCAAAAGAAAAUGUUGUGAAUGUUUCUGUUGCAUUUUAUUAUGAAAUACAAUUGAUUGUUUGAA